AGCAGUAAGGCAGUGAGAGCUCGCGCGUGGUACGGGCAGCAGCAGCAGCACUGUAAAAGGAAAAAAGGACUAGCGUGUGCUUCCUGCUUCCAAAAAAUUCCUGUCCCAUUUAGUGUAGACGGCAGUGGGCACAGCAUUCGGUGUGCCCGCAAGCGGUAGUGCAGCAUUUUUGGGACAGGACAUUUUCUGCAGUCCACAUACACAGAGACCGUGCAGGUGUCGCGUACCGUGGAUGAUGAUAACACCUACAUCAUCCCUUGCUUGCAAAACGUAGGCCUGGCGUACCGUGUCGGGUUGGCGUUGUGGUGACUACGUUCUACAUCGAUUAACCUCACAAAUUGAUUAGAAUACGCGUCAGACUCUCGAGAACCAGACGUUUGGGAAAGGAGAUAUCUGUGUGUGUGUGUGUGUGGGUGGGUGCGUGUGUGUCCUUGUUUUAAUUGCGACAAAAUGUCACCCGUGUGUGCGUGGUGUGAAUGAAGUAGUAGUUGCACGCACUGAACCCCCUAAGGGUUGGUGUUUGGUUAGGAGUCUUGGACCGAGGACUCCACUCCAGGGCUCCUUCCCACUCCAGGCGUGUGAGGUGUUGCUGAAGUUGUUUUGAAUUAUUCAACUCAACUCGCUGUCGGUUGAGGGUGGCGAGGACUUACACGCAAAAGAAAAACGAAUGUAAUGAGAAAACGCUUCGACAAGGACACUGGGCUGUGCGGUUGUGUGCGCUUUGCUUGCCGUGUCCUACAUUUACUGUCUGCUCGAUUCGAGCAGCGUUAUGCUAUCGCUCGUAGCCGUAGACAGCAUCGUCCAUCAAUGCAAACGGACUCUUCUAUCAAAACUCAAUAGGGACACGACGUCGUUUGUCGAUAAUUUGCUGAUUGCUCGUCUCCGUUCCCCGACCAUACAGUGUACCAACUAUCAAACCGCUAUCUUAAACGGUUACUGCCUAGCGUCACCCACCCACAGGCACACAUACACACAAACGGCACCCAGUCUACAUCGAUAGUCCUUCUGCUGUCAUCCGACUUUCUAACCAAAAAAAAAAAAAAAAAGAAGACCCCUCCGAAUCCCAUCAUCACCGCCUCCCCAAGACUCCCUCUGCGUGGCGGGCCUGAAUCGAUGAGAAUGGCCUAGUGGAGUGCAAAAACUGCUCUGAGAGUAUUCGUCUUAAUGUGUGUGUGUGUGUCUGUAUGUGUGUCAGGUGUGGCGAAGCGUGAGUGCGUGUGAAAAGAAGCAUGUGACUGCUUUGGAGAACGCUUUACUUCCCUAACUCCGCGUGUGUACGUGUGUGUGCGUGUGUGUAACAGUUGUCCUAGUACAAAAACAAGUGCAGCAGUAGCAGCAGCAGCAGCAUCGAAUCCUCCCGUUCACAAUGGAUGAAAACGAGGUGAUGGCGGCGUUCCUCUGGAGCAAACAGUCGCAGGAGAUGUACAGCAACCAGGGGCUGAAGGAUCUGCACCAUCUGCACCAGGACUUUAUCAUCAACGACUACACCGACAAGAUAGCGACCAACAUCGAUCUGCUCGACACCGAGCUCAAGUUCGCCUGGGCCGCCCUGAACCUGUUGAACGAGGAGUACACAAAGAUGUCGGAGAAGGUGUUCAAGCUACAGUCGCUCAACAUAUCACAGCAACGGAUAGUGCAAAACUUGCAGUUUAUGGAGGAAAACCGGAAAGCAUAUCUCGACAUGAUACCGGACUAUGCGAAGCAUCACGAGUUUUCGCUCCAGGAGCAGUCCCGCCUGCGGAAGGAUCUCGAGUAUCGGGACCGGAUCAACGAGGCGCUGAUCAACAGUGGCAUGAUACCGCUGCAGGAAGAGCAGGAAGAGUUUCUGCACCAGCAGCAGCAACAGCAGCAGCUGCACCUGCACCAUCAGCAGCAGCAGCAGUUGUUCCACCAGCAGUUGCACAGCUCGGCACAGAUGUAUCAUUCCGGGUCGCAGCUGAUACCGGGCGCUAGGCACGGUGGGUAUGAGGGUAUGCAUAUGCUCGAUCAGCAUCUGCACCUGCAGCAGCAACAGCAGCAGCAUCACCAGCAACAGCUACAGCAACAGCUCCAGCACCAGCAGGUGCAGCUUCAGUUUGACAACGAUUUUCUGAUGCUCCAACGAUCCCUAGCGAACGUGCCGGAUGCUCAGGGGCUGCUGAAGCAACAGCUAGAGCACGGAGUAGAUCCUUAUGCUGCUCCACCCGUAGCAGCAGCAUCAACAGCAGCUGGAGCAAUAGUGCUACCGUCCCGCAGCGCUCCACCACCAUCGGAGUUGCCCCGUAUGUCGACGAACCCGUUCCUGUCCGCCGGCGAAGCGGACCGGGGACUGUUGCGUAACAUCGAACCGGCGGACAGUGCGGCGAUUAUAGAGGAGCAGCUGCGUACCUCCUUCCUGAACCACGCCAAGCAGAUCGAGCUUGAGUUCGGUACGCCCAAGUCGAAAAAGUACACGGCCGAACGGAUUGAGAAGAUGCAGAGCGAGGAGGUGCGGGAACUGAUCAACAAGAUCAUGAGCGAGGAGGAUGUGGCAUCGCUCAGCAGCGAGGAGAUGGAUAAGGUGCGCUGCUUUAUGGCGAAGAACUGCUCCGAGCUGAUGGACGUGUUCGAUGACGAUCUGCAGGUGGUGUACCCGGUCAAGUCGGCUGAGUUGCUAAUGGCGAGAAGCAAGCAGACGGUCACCGUUACCACGGCUGCUGGGGCGAGUCCUCGGAAGGAGUUGUCGAAGUAUCUGCCGGAGGGUAUCGCCACGCUUACCAAGGAUGAUCUGCUGACGGUGGAAAAUGGUACGAUUACGAUACAGGACAGUACCUCGGAGAAUGACUUCCGGUUGAACUUGAACACGGACCAUGCAGCUCGGGUGGCAGAGAACGGGACAUCACCGAAGAAGUUAAGUGAGUUCUCACCAUUUGGACUGCAGGCGACUGCAGCUGCAGCGGCCAUCUUGGGCAAUGAUCCCGCACUGGAUGGAUUCCGCGAGAAGCGUCCAUCGGAGGUGGAACAGAUUGAAGCACUGCAGGGUGAUGAAGGUAGUGAGGACAUCGGUAAACCGGUACUGGAUAAUGAUAUGGCGGACGUGCCCAAAACGACCAUUCCACCAACAUUCGCCUGCUCCAACUUGGUGGGUUUGACGAACGGUAAGGCAAUGGUUACCAACUUUCGGCCCAACAUCACGGAAGCAUUGGAGAUGACGUCCUGCGUUGCUACGCCGAGUGUCCUUUCCCACCAUCUGUCAAACGGUGUCGAAACGGUCGAAGCACGAAAUGCAGGGCCAGCCAUCUGUUCGGACAGCGUAUCGAGUGCUUCCGGGUUACGUUCGCGUAAGGCUAGCGUAGCCGAUGCCUCACUCAUCGCAUCCGGUAGUACGGUGGUUAAGAGUACUACCAUCACCACCGUCACUGACACUUCCGAUACGGCUGCCAUCCUGCAGGCAAUUAUUAGUCGUCGGUCGAGCGUAGCCGAACCAUCGACCAGUCCACCCACGUUUCAACCACUACCCGGCCAAACGUCCAUUACCGAUUCGCCCGAGAUGCAAGCGAUCUACGAUAGUCUGUCGCGCAAGUCAAGCAUCCCAACGCUCAGCGAUACGAACUUCUUUCCCUCGCUGGACAUUACCGACUCCGGGUUUGCCGAUACGAGCGACAGUUUGGGACUGUUCUCGCAGCUUCCACUCACCUCCGUACCGGGUACGGAGGCACCGAUCAGCUUGCCGGACUUUUCCACCAUGUCCGCCAUCUCGAACAUGCCGGACAGUUCGGACUGUUCCUCCUUUCUGCACAUGUCGAUGAACUCGUCCGGGAUAAGCGAGGCGUCUGAUAGUAUUGCGUUUAGCCAUCCGGUAUCGCUGCCCGGCACGGAGCACCACGUGAAGGAGACGUUGGUGGUAACGUCCACUACAAUCAUGACGACUUCCACGUCCACGACGGUCGGCAAACUACCAGCACUGCCUCCAAUAGGACCGACCACCACAAUGGCAGUGUUGGCAGAGGGUAAGCCAAUAGUUGAAGCGACCGGUCAGACGCUGCCUUCCGUAACGUCUACUGUUACGGUCACGGGAACUGCUAGUAUGAUUGUCACAGCAAAUGGUUCAGCAACCGUAGCAAUUACCGCCCCGGAAGUGACGAAGACUUUAAAGCCUACCCCAGCACCGGUCGUCAUCACCAGCAUUCCGUUCGUGAAGCCUACACCAGCAGUCGUAACGACGAGUGUAGUUACUCCGCAACCUCAACCACAGCCAGUAAGCCAACCGAGCAAGGUACCGCUGGUAGGAUCGCUACUGCCCACCAAACAACCAUCCGUUCCAGCCCCUCAGCCUGCACAGGCUGAACAGAAGGGUGGCUUCUUUCAGUCAACCACCGUCAACAUCGGUAGCUUCUUCAACAAGGUGAACAAGAACCUGGUGCAUCAGGAAAGCACUGACAGUCUGAUCGGUGCCAAGUCCAAAUCGUUCUUUGCCUCCAUGAAGAGUUCGUUCAGUCUCGACUCGUCAAAGGCUUCGGUGGACGAGGGAGAUGUGCAGCAGGUACCGAGCGCUGUUCCACCGCCGGCCCCACAUCUGGACGUCAUCCAACAGCCACCGACUGAUCUGUCGCCGUUGACAGCUAAAGGUGGCAUGACUCCAUCCGCGGAGGGUUCGUUGCACGAGCAGCCAACACCAUCCUCACUGCACGGUGACCAGCAGCCGUCACCUCCGCGCGACAACACAUCCUUCGAAGGUCAGCUCGAACCGAGCCCGGUCGGUACGCAGCCGAGCCCGGUAGGCGAGUACGACCCGGACGACCCGUACCAAAGCUACGAACCGGACGCGACCAGCGGUGCCGAACUGUUGUCCCAGGCCGGUGACGUACAGCUGGCACUGGAGAAGGAUCUCGAUCCGAAUGCGGUCGGUGUCGCACCGCCAGCACAGCGCCGUCAGAGUUUGUUUCGCGCCCAAGGUAGUGAAGAUGGUGAGGGCGGCAGCAAAUGGAAGCUGCUGAAAACGCUCAAGGAGAAGCGUAUCGAGGAGAAACAGAAGGUGGUCG